AUGUUAGAAACAAUUGUCUCUGGUAUUGUUGAGAAAGUGUUGGGCAAGCUGAUAUCCCUUGCUUCUGAUGAAGUGUCUUUGGCAUGGGGUGUCAAGAAUGAUGUACAACAACUUGCUGACACUUUAAAAACUAUCAAAGUUGUUCUCUUAGAUGCUGAGGAGAAACAAAUUCAUGAUUCAAAGCUGAGAGUUUGGCUAGAAAAGCUUAAAGAGGUUUGCUAUAAUGCAGAAGAUAUUUUAGAUGAAGUUGAGGUGGAAGAUCUACGUAAGCAAGUGGUGCAUCAUCAAAGCAUUACAAGAAAGGUAUGCCACUUUUUUUCAUCAUCAAAUCUAGUUGUUUUCCGUUUUACGUUGGGGCAUAAAAUUAAAGAGAUUAAAAAGAGGUUAGCAAAAAUAACAGCUGAUAAGAAUGAUUUUAUUCUCACUGAAAAAAUUGAUAGCAAUCAUGUUAUAGAUAGGGAGAGGGAAACCCACUCAUUUGUACGUGAUUCAAAUGUUAUUGGUAGAGAUAAAGACAAAGAGGAGAUUAUAAGAAUCUUAUUGUGUCCAAGUUAUAGAAAUGUGAGUGUUUCUAUCAUUCCUAUUGUUGGGCUAGGAGGUUUAGGAAAAACCACACUUGCAAAAUUGGUGUAUAAUGAUGAAAUAGUGGGUGAUCAUUUUAAGUUGAAAAUGUGGGUUUGUGUGUCUGAUGAAUUUUCUUUAAAAAAGGUUCUAAUUGACAUCAUUAGUUCUGCAACUGAGCAAAAAUGUAUUCAAAUGAGUUUAGACCAAUUGCAAAGGAAACUACGUGAUAUUAUAAGACAUGAAAAAUAUUUGUUAGUUUUGGAUGAUGUUUGGAAUGAAAACGAGGGGUUGUGGUGUGAUUUAAAAGAAUUAUUAACGAAGUGUGUUAGUGGGAGUAAAAUCAUAGUAACUACACGUAGUGACCGUGUUGCUUCAAUUAUGGGUACUAUAUCUACAUACAAGUUAAAAGGUCUUGCCCUUAAUGAUUGUUUGUCUGUGUUUGUUAAAUAUGCAUUUAAAGAAGGGCAAGAAAAACAACAUUCCAAACUUAUAGAGAUUGGAAAAGAAAUUGUAAAAAAAUGUGGAGGUAUUCCAUUAGCAGUAAGAGCGCUAGGGAGUCUUCUUUAUUCCUCAACUUCUGAACAAGAGUGGAUAAAUGUGAAAGAUAAUGAGAUAUGGAAGUUUAUAUUUGAAAUACAUGAUCUGAUGCAUGAUGUUGCCACAUCAUUGUUCCAAAAUGAGUGUUUAAGACUGAAAAGGGGUAGCCAAAUUGCUUGCAAAACUUAUCGACAUUUAUUUUUUCAUGGUGAAGUGGUUGCUCGAAACUGCAUAGCUAGCUUGAGUAAUGUGAGAAGCGUUAUAUUUUCUUCAACUAUUGGUGACGAUAUCACUAUUAGCCAAUCUUUUUUGGAAUUACUUAUCUCAAGAUUUCAAUUUUUGCGGAUGUUAGAUUUAUAUAAUCUAGGCAUAAAAGUAGUGCCUAAAGGAGUUGGUACUCUUAAGCAUUUGAGAUAUUUGGAACUAGGAAGAAACCCAGAAAUAAAAAAACUCCCGAGUUCCAUUUACAAGCUACAAAAUUUGCAACUUUUAUCACUGAGGAAUUGUGAGGAACUAAAAGGGUUAACAAGAGAAGUAAAGUACUUAAUUAGUCUCAGAGUGUUAGUCUUAACAACAAUGCAAAAGCAUCUACCAAGCAAUGAAAUUGGCUACUUGAAUUCUCUUCGAUAUUUGAUUAUUCGCAAUUGCAGCAAUUUAGAAUAUUUGUGUGAAGAUAUUGGUCGCCUGAGAGCCCUUCGAAUGCUCAUAAUUUCUGAAUGUCCACGGUUAAUCUCAUUACCACGUGGUGUACGAAACUUAAGCUCAUUAGAAGACCUUCGUAUCCGAAGUUGUGCAAGGCUUAAUCUUGAUUUGAGCACAGGAUCAGACAAUCAUGCUGAACUCAAUAGCACAGGGCCUCCCCUUCGAUCCCUUGAAAUUACUGAUUUAUCACAACUGGUGAAAUUGCCGCAAUGGCUUCUCCAGUGUUUGACAAACACUUUGGGUGAACUAUUCAUUCGUGGCUGUCCAGAAUUGUCAUCUCUACCAGAGGAUAUGAAUCGUCUCGUCUCUUUGCGAGAAGUAAGAAUUGAAGGCUGUCUUAAACUGACGGAAAGAUGCAAACCAGAAGCAGGUGAAGAUUGGCCUAAGAUUGCUCAUAUCCCCAACAUUCAACUUGACGGAGCGAUUAUCAAGUCAACCGAAAAUUAG